AUUUGAUGGUGUGUGCUGGGAAUUGUAUUUUCUGUUUAUCUUUGCUCGGAACCUUUCUGACGAGCAACAUUUCAGCAGCGGACAGUUUUAAUGAUGGACGCAGUCAUGUUUACACGUGAGGCUUGUUCAGGGCUGAAAGUUCAAACCUCAAGUGCUUAACGUUACGUCUAAAAUAAUGUUGUUUCACCCAUUAAAAUAAGCAAGACUUCAAUUUAAAAUGGGAAAACUAAGGAAGAAACACAACUGGAAGGGAAGACAGCAGAGGGACCCUCAACAACCAGCAGAUGGACAGAAGACAGAAAUUGUGGUGGAACUGCAAGAUGGAGUGAGGUUGAAAGGUGUAGAUGAGAGCAAUGCUUUGGUCCUCCCAGCCAACAAAGCCAAGAAGAAGAAAGACUCAGUGACACCUGCCUCCACCAAAAAGCUCCUCACUAAGAAGCAGAGAAAGGAACUGCAGAAAGUCCUGGAGCACAAGAAAAAGAAGGCUCAGAGAGCAGACAUCCUGACCAAACUGGCUGAGGUUCAGCUGCCAGAGACUGAACUGAAGCUGCUGUACACCACGUCCAAGCUUGGAACAGGAGACAAACUUUACCAGACUAAACAGUCACCAGAUGAAAUAAAAGAUGGGGACCUAGGUCUAAAGAUUAGCAGUAUCAGUGGAGUGAACAGGAAAAGAAAAUGGAAGGAAGAGGAGGAAGAUGAAGAAGAGCAAAAGGCAGAAGAAAGUAGUGAUCAGGACACUUCUUCUGAUGAUGAGGAGGAGGAUGAUGAUGACGAUGUGGAUAAAACCAUAGAGGUGGGAGAGGUUAAGGAAAUCACCUCUGCCUGUCUGGACACUGAGGACAAACAGAAAGUGAAAGAAGAACAACAGAAAACAGAACAGGAAGGACAGAGUGAGAAGAAGACUUCAGAUCAACAGAAAGUACUAAUCAUGAAGCCGUCACAGCCAGCUGUCUUCAUUCCUGUUGACAGAUCACCAAAACUACAGGAGGCUCGUUUGAAGCUGCCCAUUCUGGCGGAGGAGCAGGUCAUCAUGGAGGCUGUGAGAGAAAACCCCUGUGUCGUCAUCUGUGGAGAGACAGGAAGUGGAAAAACCACUCAGGUGCCUCAGUUUCUGUAUGAGGCCGGCUAUGCCAGUGGUAGUGGGAUUAUUGGUAUCACAGAGCCAAGAAGAGUCGCAGCUGUCAGCAUGUCCCACAGAGUGGCCAAAGAGAUGAACCUGUCGACACGGGUUGUGUCAUACCAGAUUCGAUAUGAGGGAAACGUGACCAACGAGACCAAAAUCAAGUUCAUGACAGAUGGUGUUCUACUGAAAGAGAUUCAGAAGGAUUUCCUGCUGCAGAGAUACAGUGUUGUUAUCAUAGAUGAAGCACAUGAGAGGAGCGUGUACACAGACAUCCUCAUUGGGCUGUUGUCUCGCAUCGUCCCACUCAGAAACAAGAAAGGCAUGCCCAUGAAGCUGCUGGUCAUGUCAGCCACCCUGCGGGUCGAGGACUUCACAGAUAAUCAGAAGCUGUUUCAGACACCUCCGCCUGUCAUCAAGGUGGAUGCUCGCCAGUUCCCAGUCACUAUCCAUUUCAACAAACGCACCUCACUGGAGGAUUAUACCGGAGAAGCGUUUCACAAGACUUGCAAGAUCCACCGUAUGCUGCCUCCAGGUGGUAUCCUGGUGUUUCUGACCGGUCAGGCAGAGGUUCACAGUCUCUGCAGAAGACUGAGAAAAGCUUUUCCUUUCAGGAAGGGAAACACAACCACUGGUGAAGACGAGGAAGCAGACACCUCAGAGGCAAUGAGGAAGUUUAAAAAGGCCAAACAGAAGAAGACUGUUUCUCUGCCCCGCAUUGACUUGGAUAACUACUCUGCCCUGCCAGUGGAUGAAGGGGAUGAGGACAGGGAGGCAGGGAUUGGAGAUGAGGAGGAUGAAGGCUCUGACCUGGACAUUGGAGACAGUCCUGCUGACACAGAAGAAAAAAAGGCUGACCCGUCCAUUCCUCUCUAUGUCCUCCCUCUGUACUCUCUGUUGGCCCCAGAGCAGCAGGCUAAGGUGUUCAGGCCUCCUCCACCUGGUACUCGUCUGUGUGUUGUGGCCACAAAUGUGGCUGAGACCUCCCUGACCAUCCCUGGUAUCAAGUAUGUGGUUGAUUGUGGCCGAGUUAAGAAACGUUUUUAUGACCGAGUGACUGGAGUAUCGUCCUUUAAAGUCACAUGGACCUCACAGGCCUCAGCCAAUCAGAGGGCAGGUAGAGCUGGGCGAACAGAGCCCGGACACUGCUACAGGCUGUACUCAUCCGCAGUGUUUGGAGACUUCACUUUGUUCUCAGAAGCAGAGAUCACUCGCAGACCUGUGGAAGACCUGGUUUUACAGAUGAAGGACCUCAACAUAGAUAAGGUGGUCAAUUUUCCCUUCCCCACGCCUCCCUCUGCCGAGGCUCUUGUUGCAGCAGAGCAGUUAUUAGUUUCACUGGGAGCUCUCAGAGAGCCGCCUUGCGCUGGAAGUGUGAAAGAGAUGGAGCGAGCGCGGCUGAGCUGUCCCAUCACCCCCCUGGGCAAAGCAAUGGCUUCAUUCCCUGUAGCACCACGUUAUGCUAAAAUGUUAGCACUUGGUAAGCAGCAGGAUUGUCUGCCAUAUGUUAUUGCUGUGGUAGCAACCAUGACGGUCCGAGAGAUCUUCGAAGACCUCGACAGACCUGCACAUAGUGGAGAUGAGAGCUCCAAGCUUACUCAGCGUCGAGCUCGGCUUACCCAAAUGAAGAGGCUAUGGGCUGGUCAAGGAGCUUCACUCCUACUAGGGGACCUCAUGGUCAUGCUAGGUGCCGUUGGUGCUUGUGAGUUUGCUGGCUGCACUCCUAAGUUUUGUGAGGAGAACGGCUUGAGGUUUAAAGCCAUGGUGGAGAUCAGGAGGCUUAGGGGACAGCUUACUAAUGCAGUGAAUGCAGUGUGUCCAGAAGUGGGAGUAUUUGUGGAUCCCAAGAUGACUCCACCAACAGAGCACCAGGUGGUUUGCUUGCGGCAGAUUGUUCUGGCCGGACUGGGAGAUCAUCUUGCACGGCGUGUGCAGAGAGAAGAUAUACUCGACCCAAAGUGGAAGAAUGGAUACAAGACGCCUCUUAUAGACGACCCAGUGUUCAUUCAUCCCACUUCUGCGCUGUUCAAAACACUGCCAGAGUUUGUCGUCUACCAGGAGAUUAUGGAGACCACCAAGAUGUACAUGAGAGGUGUGUCAGCAGUAGAAGGAGAGUGGAUCCCUCAGCUUCUGCCUCAGUACUGUCAUUUUGGCUCCCCUCUGGAGUCACCGUCACCCUGGUUCUGCUCAUCCACUGGCACUGUCAGAUGUCACCGUUCAAGCACCUUCUUCCGUGUGGGCUGGCAGCUGCCUGCUGUGGAGAUGGAGUAUCCAGCUAGCUUGGAGCGUUACAAACUGUUUGCCCGUUUUCUUCUUGAAGGACAGGUUUGUCCUAAACUAAAGAAAAAUAGUGGCCACCUUCUGUCAAACCCCUCCAUCAUGCUGAAAACAUGGGCAAAGCUGCAGCCCAGGACAGAGGCAGUGCUGGGAGCACUAGUGUCAAAAAGAAUUGACUGCCGAGAUGACCUCCUCACUGUCUGGAAGACCGAAGAUAAAUUCCUGUUGUCUGCAUAUUGCCAGUGGUUACCUGAGUCCAUGCAUCAACAAGUAGCCAAAAGCUGGCCCCCUGUAUAAAAGCUUGCAUUUGAAGAGCAUAAACUGUGUUAUGUACUUUUGAGCAGUGAAAAGGCUUCUUCAGACUCUGAUGAUUGUUUUCAAUGAUCUCUCAAAGUGCAACUGCCACCACACAACAUGGUCUUUUCACUCAUCUGUAUUUUUACACUUGUCUAUGAUUUGUACAGUUUUGUCAGGCAAACAGUACUUCAAAUAGAGGUCCGUCAUGACUAUCAACUUGUUUUUCAAUGUGUUACUGUUAGUUAUA